CCAACUCAAUGAUUUAAAAACUUAGAUGCCAUCUCAUUGUGUUUAUUUUAAUACAAAGUUAUAAUGUUCCAUGUUGUCAGCAUAUGAUAAGCAAUCACACACCAAUCAAUAGCUUGUUUAAAAUUACAGCUUCUACUUCACUUGUAAAACAUGUUAACAAGAUUGCGAUGCUUAAACACAACCAAGUUCCUAACAACAAAAAACCCACUUUUCAGAUCAGAUCCUUCUCCAAGAAAAACAAGGUUUUUGAGGACCAGUCUCAGGGAUUAAUCUGUUAUGAAGAUGAAAAUGGUGAAAUAGUUUGUGAAGGAUACGAUGAGGGCCCUCGGUUUCAUCAACGAACAUUUUAUCAUCUUAGAGAUGCAGAGAUCCUUGAUCUUCUUCAAGAUAGAUGGCUUCAAAUCGUUAAUGACGGAGGAUUAAGCAGUGCUAAUGAAGGUGUUAUCACUGUGAAAGAUGAUUCCCAAGUGUAAUGAUUUUAGCAAUGGAAGCCUGGUUCUUACCAGAUUUCAUGGAAUGAUUGUUACAGACUGUAAAAAGAACUCUUGUAAGAAAAAAAAAAAGUCUCUUGUAAUCAAUCACUUUGUUUUUACAUAAUGUAAUCAAAGGCUAGUUUUUCAAUCAA